AUGGCCCCGCCGCGCUGCUCGCGCUGCGCGCUGCCCUCGGCGCUGCUGCGCUCGCGCUCGCUGCUCCCGUUCUGCCGCCGCUGCUUCCUCUGCGCCUUCGAGAGCCGAGACCCCCUCGAAUCCCCCCAAACCCCCUACAAUCCCCCCCAAACCCCCUCAAAUCCCCCCCAAAACCCCCUCGAAUCCCCCCCCAAAACUUCGCGAUCCCGCCCCCAAACCCCUUGGAAUCCCCCCCAAACCCCCUCAAAUCCCCCCCAAACCCCCUUGAAUCCCCCCCAAAACUUCACGAUCCCGCCCCAAAACCCUGAGAUUUCCCCCCAAACCCCCUGCAAUCCCCCCCAAACCCCCUGCAAUCCCCCCCAGCCCCCCUGGGACGCCCCCCAGCCCCCCUGGCCGUGCCCCCGGCCGGGCCAGGCGGUGGCCGUGGCGGCCUCGGGGGGCAAGGACUCCACGGUGCUGGCUCACCUGCUGGCGCGGCUGAACCGCGCCCACGGGCUGGGGCUGCGCCUGGCGCUGCUGGGCGUGGACGAGGAGGGCAUCGAGGGCUACCGGGACCAGGCGCUGGGCGUGCUGCGCGCCCGGGGGGCGCGGCUGCCGCUGCCGCUGCUGCUGGUGUCCCACCGGCAGCUCUUCGGCUGGGCCGUGGACGAGCUGGGCGCGCUGCUGGGCGGGCGCAGCCGCUGCACCGUGUGCGGCGUGUUCCGCAGCACGCGCUGGAGAGGGCGGCCAGGGAGAUGGGAGCCGACUGGAUCGCCACUGGCACGCGCUGGAGAGGGCGGCCAGGGAGAUGGGAGCCGACUGGAUCGCCACUGGCCACAACGCCGACGACGUGGCCGAGACGGUGCUGAUGAAUUUCCUGCGCGGGCGACGUGGCCCGGCUGCGGCGCGGCGGCCAACGAGGCCUGGGGGGGCCCACCGCGGCCACCAACGGGGCCACCAUGGCCACCCAUGACUCCAUGGCCACCAACGAGGCCUUGGUGGCCACCACAGAGACCAACGGGGCCACCAAUGUCACCGUGGCCACCAACGAGGCCUUCAGGGCCACCAACGAGGCCACCACAGUCAAGGAGGACGUUGUGGCCACCGACGUGGUCAGUGUGGCCAGUGACAGCAACGAGGUCACCGUGGCCACCAACAAGGUCACCCGUGGCCACCAACGAGGUCACCGUGGCCACCAACGAGGUCACCGUGGCCACCAAUGACGCCGUGGCCACCAAUGAGGUCGCCGUGGCCACCAACGAGGUCACCGUGGCCACCAACGAGGUCGCCGUGGCCACCAGGGAGGCUCCUCCAGCCUCGGUGGCCGCCAGUGGCCCAACGGAAGCCAGCGGUGGCCAAGGGAAGGUCGUGGGAGAGAGCGCGAGGGAUUGUUCCGGAAACUCAGCGGGGUUUUUGGGAAACUCGACGGAAACCGUGGAAAACUCAACGGAGCCAUCGGAAACUCAACGGAGCCAUCGGAAAACCCAACGGAGCAGAACCGGAACUCAACAAAAGCCUUGGGAAACCCAACGGAACCCAACGAGAACUCAACCAAGCCCAACAAGAUCUCAACGGAACCCAACAAGAACUCAAUGAAAGUCAAUGAGAGUGCAACGAAAGUCAACGAGAGCUCAACAAAAACCCAAUGAGAACCCAACGAAACCCAACAAGAAUCCAACAAAACCCAAUGAGAACUCAAUGAAACUCAAUGAGAUCUCAAUAAAACUCAACGAGAACUCAAUGAAACCCAACGAGAACUCAAUGAAACCCAACAAUAUCUCAACAAAACCCAACGAGAACUCAACGAAA